CCAUAGGGUCCCUGCGACGAGUCUGAGACUUAUCAUGCUCUACAUAGGCUCUGUUCUACCGUCUUAGCGGCGGGAUAUCUCAAUCGCUUUUCUUUUUUUUGGCGCGUGUGGUAAUGCACAACGGGGCCAGCACUCUAGGCGGUGAUGAUGAAGACGAUACCCGCACGUUUUUAUACCACGAAAGACAAGAAUCCUCCCUUUGCGGACAGCAUGCCCUCAAUGCCCUCUUAAUUGGACCUUACUUUUCUCCCGCUGACCUGGCCGAGAUCGCCGCUGAGCUCGAUGCCAAAGAGGCGGAAUUGAUGUUGGCGGCGGGCGAGACGAUAGACGCCAUGAAAUUCCUGGCGGAGGAUAGCGGGAAUGUUAAUGCUAGGUAUAUGUUU